UGUUAUAUUUGCUUGAAUGAGUUGAAGAAGCAGCUUUUAUCAUACGUGCGUAAGACAUGAGGUCAUUUAAGCAGCACAUUUUAUUUUUAUGUGGCGUAGCAGUGAGUAUCCUUCUCUCAAUAACUUAUUCACGUGUUUUAAGGACUCUGACGCCUUCAUUUGCUUUGAAUAGUAAUAAACCUGCUUUACAACAUACAGCUGAGAGCAGAAGAACCGCGCUGGAGUUCAGUCAGAAGGUCAGAGUGUUGUGCUGGGUAAUGACACAGCCCAAACACCUGAAGUCCAGAACCCAACAUAUUCGUGCCACAUGGGGCAAACGCUGCAACAUCGUUCUGUACAUGAGCUCGGAGGCGUCAGAUUUCCCCACGGUAGGGCUCAACGUGUCAGAAGGACGCAGUCAACUCUACUGGAAGACCAUACGGGCCUUCCAGCACAUCCACACGCACCAUCUGGACCAUGCUGAUUGGUUCCUCAAAGCUGAUGAUGACACGUUUGUGGUCCUUGAGAAUUUGCGCUACGGUUUGUCCAAGCACAACGCAGAGGAGCCGCUGUAUUUUGGACGUAGGUACACACCAUUCAUCGCACAGGGCUACAUGAGCGGAGGAGCUGGUUAUGUGCUUAGUAAGGAAGCCUUGAGGAGAUUCGUGAAGGGCUUUGCUGAUGGUCUUUGCACACACAACACGGAAACUGAGGAUGUUGGUUUGGGAAAAUGCAUGGAGACAAUGAAAGUUCAGAUGGGUGAUUCCAGGGACGUUUUGGGGAGACAAACCUUUCAUCCAUACCCUCCAGAUUAUUACCUGCCCAGACAGACACGCAGACCACGACCCUGGUACCUCCUCUAUGAGCAUUACCAACCGGUUGAGGGCCCUGGAUGCUGUUCAGAUUUAGCCAUCUCUUUCCACUACAUAGACGCAGUGCAAAUGCACACUUUAGAGUACUACACCUAUCAUUUACGCCCAUAUGGAUAUAAACACAGAUUUCAGCCAGAUUAACACUUAAAUAAUAGAAAUAACAUCUAAGCUAA